GGCGCGUUUCGCAGGCAGACGCGCGACUCCCACCGCGAGGAAACGGUCGCACAUCGUUCUUGCGUCGUGCAUACCGCGGCUGAAUACAACUGCAGCGCGGAGGCCAAUUAAUAAAGGAAACCGUGUCGCGACGUCCACAUCACUUCGGGACAGCAUUCGGGACGAAAUCGUAAAACCAUGAAGUGCUUGCUGACGAUCGUCGUCCUCGUGGCUGCUGCCUCGACUACCAUCGAGGCGGAAACAUUCAAGAUUACAGAUAAAGUGUACUUCGAUAUCAUGAUCGACAAUCAUCCAGUUGGGAGAAUCGUUAUCGGUCUAUUCGGUGACAUCGCGCCGAAGACGGUGAAAAAUUUCAUCACUCUCGCCACCACUGGCGUAGCUGGGAAGAAGUACACAGGAAGCAAGUUUCAUCGUGUGAUAAAGAAAUUCAUGAUCCAAGGCGGUGAUGUCGAAAAUGGCGACGGUACCGGCUCCAUUAGUAUUUAUGGCAAAUACUUCGACGAUGAAACCUUCAAGGUAAAACACAGCAGACCAUUGUUCAUCAGCAUGGCGAACGCCGGCAAAGACACCAACGGCUGCCAAUUUUUCAUCACCACAGUAGCGACACCUUGGCUAGAUGACCAUCAUACAAUAUUCGGAAAGGUGGUUAGCGGGGAAGCUGUGGUCUUCAAGAUCGAGCAAACCAAAACGGAUAGCGACGACAUUCCGCUCGUCCCCGUGGUGAUCUACGAAAGCGGAAUUCUCCCAACGGAACCGUAUACUAUAUCAGACAACCCUUACGAUGUAUGGGCGUGGAUCAAAGCCACCUGCGUACCACUGGGAUUCAGCUUCUCGAUACUCGCGUUUUUCCAUUAUAUGAUGAAACAAUUGGAUGUCUAAUCGACAUUUUCUAUCGUGAAAGACUGACUUAAACCAAAAUGAAGAAUAUGUUGCCUCCGAAAACGGUUCAGCUCCUAAAAGUCAUAUUUAUUUUAUAAAAGACUAUGUAUAUAAAAAUAAUUAUACAUUAUACUGUUACAAUCGCAUAUAAUUCUAAUAACAGAGUCACGUAUCGUAUGUACGUAUAACCGGUAGAGCAAGUUCGCUUCCUCGACAACUUCUUCGCGGCACGUGGAACAUUAGGCGCCAUCUCUGUGUGAACUAUGACGUUUCACAGAAAGGAGCGGAUCUUAUGUAUUUUAUAAAAAUGUUCUAAAAUACAAAUUAGUUUUGUAAUAAAUCAACAAUACAGAAAGAAAGCUGAUGCAUAA